AUGCCUUCUGUGCCCGAGGCCAUGACGGAUAAAAUAAACGCCAACUUGCAACCGCAGCGCACACUGAUCAUCACCAUUGCCGAUUAUGACAACAGAGAGUACACAUACAACUGGGUCGAAUCAUUGAAACGCACCAACGAGACCCGGUUUAUCAUUUUCUGUAUGGAUGAAAAGAUGCAUCAACACCUGAAACACGCUGGAUACGAACCGCAAAGUAUUCUGAUCUCGAAUCCAUGGUUACAUGGAUUGCCUAAGAAAACACAGCAGGGCAGCGGGGCCCAUUGGAGUGAUGUCUCAUCGUUUGUCAUACAAAGACUCUUGUAUUUUGAUAUCACGGUGUUAUUCGCCCAAGUUGACACGGUGUGGCUGGCUCCCCGAACACGCGAGUAUCUGAGGACCUUUUUAAAUAUUCGGCUUGAAACCCACGCCAUUUUUCAGGAAGCCCAAGUCGAUAAGGUCUACCUGAAUACAGGAUUCUUCAUCAUGCGACCUACAGAGGCCAUGAAACGAUUGCUGGCCGACGCCGUUUACAUUCAAAACCAUCGCGUUAAGGAGCAGGAAUCCGAGCAAGAAGCGCUAAGUGUAGCGUUGCAACAUAUGCCGAUGGAUAUUCGCUAUUCCAAAAUCAGCUCGCUAGACGUCAUGCAUUUUCCGAAUGCACACUCCUAUUUUACGCAUCGUUUACCCCAAUCCCGAGGCGUUCAGCCAUACAUUGUGCAUACUAGUUAUUUGGACCCUGAUAAGAAAAAAGAAAUUUUAAAAGACCACGAUCUUUGGUACAUCGAUGAUGCCUAUUGCCGUGAAAUCGAUAACCAAGUGCAACAAUCUUUGGAAUCCCCGACAAUUCACACGGAUCCAGCUUUGGCCAAUGAGGAGAAUUAA